UUAUGCAAUUCGUGUUUUUAUCCACGCGUGGGUAUGUCACACUUAUGUCAUUAUUUAAUUGAUGAGUCAGCUUUUAUUCUGUGGAGUCCAAGAUGGCGUCAAGGCCGAAGAUAUCAGUGAGUUCAUUUUAUGGCAGUCGAAGACCUCCUGUGAAUUUUACUACUUUGCCAACAGCAAAUGUUAGUGAAGCUUCAUCAGAAGAAAGUGAUGAUGAGGCAUUUGAUAUUGAGUCUCAAGAAAAUACCACAACCUCCGCUUCGGAAAAUGGCAGUGAUCAAGAAGAAGUUCUAGAUCAAGCACCAUCGUCUAGCCGUGAAGAGUUUGAAUAGCUGUUGAGGGGAAAUCAAACAUGGAAAAUUCCACCAAAUUCAAACAUUGAUGAGAGAAAGCUAAAACUCAACCCAAAUUUGGAAAAUAGUCUUUCAAAGAAUAGCCCACCAAUAGAGUUUUUCAAUUUGUUUGUUACAAGUGAAUUGCUGGACAUGAUUCUAGAACAAACUCAAAUAUACGCAACCUCCCAGUCGAUAAACAACAGCAGUGCUAAUGAGGUCAAUGAAAUCAAAGUGGAAGAUAUUCAGAAAGCAUUUGGAAUCAUUCUGUACAUGGGUAUUUUGAAGUUGCCCAACAGACGAAUGUAUUGGCAGCACAAUACUAGAGUGGACAUUAUUGCCAACACAAUGGGAGUGAAUCGUUUUGCCAAAAUCAUGCAACUGCUUCAUUAUAACGACAAUAAUUUGAUUCCUGCCAGUAACAGUGAAGAUUACAACAAGUGUUAUAAGAUCCAGCCCCUUGUAGAUUAUAUCAGAAACAAGUUCUUCGAAGUUGUCGUCCCAGAAACCUAUGUCGCAGUCGAUGAGCAGGUUGUCCCCUUCAAAGGAGCCAGUGGCCUAAAGCGCUAUCUCCCAAAGAAACCAAAAAAGUGGGGGUAUAAGUUGUGGGCUCUUGCUGGUGUUUCAGGGUAUGUCUAUACCUUUGAAAUAGAUGGAGAGAAAGGGAAAACUGGUCCUCCAAGUGGCUGGGAUGCACCAGAAAAGUGUGGUGAAAGUGGGUUUGUCGUUUUGCGUUUGAUCCAGAGGCUUGAAGCAAAUAAGCACAAACUUUUCUUUGAUAAUUUUUUUUCUUGCCCAGAGCUAAUUGCAUAUUUAGGUACUAAAGGUUUUUGGGCUUUGGCUACAUUGAAUUGUAAUAGGUCUAGAAAAUGCCCGUUGCCUAGCGAAAGCCAGCUGAAGAAAAGUGGCAGAGGUUCUUCAGAACAAAAUGUAAAUAAGGAAAGAUCAGUGGUCGUAACGUCAUGGUAUGACAGCAAAAGAGUUUUGAUGAUAUCCAAUUUUAUUGGAAGAGAUCCAGUGGGAGAAUGCACCCGGUAUGUCCGCAAGGAGAAGGCAAACGUAAAUGUCAAACGACCUGCUUCGGUUCAGUUGUAUAACAACUACAUGGGAGGUGUAGACAAGUCCGAUAUGAUGCUGGCCCUGUAUCGCACAAAAUAUAGAUGUCGAAAGUGGUACCAGAGAAUUGCAUUGCACAUGAUUAGUCAAUGUGCUGUGAAUGCAUGGAUAAUUUACAAAGAGAUUGGAGGAACUAAAAGCUAUUUAGAUUUCCUCACUGAAGUUUGUGUCACCCUCAUGGUUGGAAAGCCAAGAAGUGAGGAGUCGGAUGAAGAUCUGCCCGAACCACCACCAUCACCAAAGAAGAGAAUGAGAGCCUCAAGCAUUCCUGAGUCUGUGAGAUUUGAUAAGUAUGACCAUUGGCCUAUUCUCAUGGACAUACCAAAUGCACAAAGAUGCAAAAUGGACGGUUGCAAAAAGAAAACAAUGUUUAUGUGCAGCAAAUGCAAUGUGUAUUUAUGUGUCACUAAGAACACUUGCUUUUUAAAUUUUCAUGGAAAAUGACUUUUAUGGGUUGUAAAAAAUAGCUAGCAAACUUGGUAGGGCAAAAAACUUUACUGUAUAAAUAAAUUU